AUGAUUCGAUCUUUAGCAGAGCAUCGAGUUGUGCAAGUUAGCCUUGGCCUCGAGCAUAGUCUGGUGUUAACCGACACCUCCCGUCUAUUCGUCUUUGGUUCUAAUAUUUGGGGCCAGCUAGGUCUUGGUUUCCGGUCGGACCUCCCUAUCGUCAUACCACAACAGCUGAUGUGUCUUGCUGGUCUACCUAUACGCUGCAUCAGUGCAGGUGGUGUCCACAGCGCGGUGCUCACUAUCAGCGGAACUCUGUAUGUUUGGGGCGGAAACAAAUACGGUCAACUGGGUUUGGAACCCAUUGAAACGGUGGCAUCUGAGACAGUCUCUGGAUCUCGUUCUUCCAUCGAAAUCGCUCCACAACAUUCGGUCUCCGUUCCAACUGCCGUUAGAAGUUUAAAAGGUCAACGGGCGGUGUUUGUUGAUUGUGGCGAGUCGCAUACGGUAGUCCUAACCGAAGAGGGAGGGGUGUUCACUUACGGAGGAAAUCAGUUUGGACAACUGGGACAUGGCGAAUCAUCCAAAUCCGUUUCGAUCCCUCGUAAAGUGGCAGACUUGAUGGACAAUCCGACAACUCAGGUUGCUUGUGGUCGGAUGCACACUCUGGUUCUAGUACCCUCUCUUGGUUGUGUGUACGCCUUCGGGGCAGGUUCCGAGGGACAGCUGGGCACCGACACCAAUACGGACAGUUCACGGCCGAUGCCUGUCAAAGGUCCAUGGUUAACGAGGGGUACCAGUUCAAAUCAGUCUACAAGUAGUCCUGAUGUUCCCUUAGAAGUGGCGCGUUUGUAUGCUGGUGGUGAUCAUGCUUACGCGUUGACGCGUAAAUCCACUAUGAGAAGUCAGACCAUCGUAGAGGAUUUCCGCGUGUGGGAUCCUAUGUCCUCACGCUCAAUCGCCACGGUAUGCCCACAAGCGCUGGAUCAUCUCCGAGAUGCACUCACGGCCUUACCACUCCCUGCGCCGAUGUACAGAACAAGUUCUGCAUGUUCAGAGUCUUCAGAUAGCACGAAUUCACAGCAUGUCACGUCUGCUAGUCUCCGCUUGGAGACUGCGUUUUCUUCACUCGGAUGCCUUGCAGCCACCUGCCUGGCGGACAAUCACUUCUCUACUGGUCGAGAUCAACAUGGGGUCGAUCUGGACGCUGCUCGUGACUUGCAGCAACAAUUAUUCCGGCAGUUGCAGCCCAAGAACUUGCGUCGUCUCAUCGAAAAACUGAUGGAUGGUGUGCUAAAUGUUGCCCGACCAAAUUACCCUAGCAUCGAAUGCCUUCGUGGUUUAAUGGUACUUGCUGUGUCAGACCUGCUUAAUACGCCGCGCGCCCCAGAUCGGCCUGUUUCCCAUGACAGCAGCCACAGUGAUAUUUCAGCGCCUAUUGACAAACAUCCUCUGAGUGAUUCGGACUGGAAUGAAUCCGGAGAAGCUGGCCCUUUUCUCGUGAAAUUAGCUGGACUCCCUAAUCCUGGAAUGGUUUUGCACGGUUUCACCUUGGCUAUCAAUCAAUUGGAACCUGCUCCUUCAAAAAUCAUUGAUCGGUGGUUCGCCAGAGUGCAGCCUCGUUACUUCAAAAAACUCGUCACAAAUUUGAAUAAUCACAUUGUGUACAUACUUAACAUGCAACCUGCAACCGCCGAUUAUGAGCGCCGAUCCAAAGAAGAAGGUGUCCGAAGUUCUCUGGAACUGAUGAAGCGCUUGUAUCGGAUCAAUGAAUCAAGGCAACCACCCAUAUCGUAUGUCAGUUUCUACAUCCCUAUCGUCCGAGAAAAAGUUAACAUCGACAGCUCUUUUGUUAGCUGGUUACGCGAGCGUGAAUCUGGCGGCAUGAUUAUUUGGCAUGGAGAGCCGUCAUCUAAAGAUGCGUACAGUUCUACACUCGAAAUCAUCAAGGAUUAUUUUGCAACUACAACAUCUGCACCAAAAACGCAUUUCUUCUCGUUCUGUGAUUACCCCUUCAUUUUCGACGCCCCCACCAAAGCUCGACUGCUCAGUUUGGAGGCCACUUUGAGCAUGCAAAAUGCAGUGAAUCAAGCAGGGCGAAACACACUUAUCCAAUCGGUGAUGUCUCCGCUACUAGGAUAUCCUGUGUUUACUUCCACCAGCCCGUUUUUCCACGUUACAGUUCGUCGUGACUUCCUUAUUCAGGACACAUUAACGUACUUAACUGUGGCCAAUCCGAGUGAAUUACGGAAAGUGUUGCGUGUGCAAUUCGCGGGUGAAGAAGCUGUUGACGAAGGUGGAGUGAUGAAGGAGUUUUUCCUCCUGGUGAUGCGCGACCUUCUCAGCCCAAUCUACGGCAUGUUCCGCUGUUACCCAGAGUCACGCAUGUUGUGGUUCAAUGAGUUUACGAUGGAAUCGGACAACGUGUUUCUACUCAUUGGGAUUUUGUGCGGAUUGGCCAUAUACAAUUCGAUUAUUGUGGACUUAGCUUUCCCCUUGGCCAUGUUUCGUAAAUUGCUUGGAGACAACCCGGUGCUGGACGACUUGAUGGAGUUGGACCCUGUGGUUGGACGCUCUUUGCAACAGCUGCUGGACUACGAGGGACAAGAUGUUGCUGAGACUUUCUGUCUCACCUUUUCUCUGGAUGUCGAGUGCUUUGGUGAGACUCGCCAUAUCGACCUGGUCGAAAAUGGCUCAAACAUUGAAGUGACCCACGAGAAUAAAUCUUUAUAUGUGGAGAAAUACGUGGACUAUGUAUUCAAUAAAUCGUGUGAGGCUCCGUAUGGCGCAUUUGAACGUGGCUUCCACCAAGUCUGUGCGGGACACGCGCUCAAGUUCUUCCGCCCCAUGGAACUGCAAUCGGCAGCGGCUUUACAUCCGCUCCCUAUCGGUGUUUUCUGCAUCCAGUCUUUAGUGGUCGGAUCCGAGGUAGUCAAUUGGAAUGAGUUGCGCCAGAAUACCUCCUAUCAGGGAGUGUACUGGGACCACCAUCCUGUGAUCGAAUGGUUCUGGGAGGUGCUUCUUGUCGAAUUUAGCGUGGAAGACAAGAAAAAAUUCUUGCGGUUCCUCACUGGCUGUGACCGGGUCCCACUCUUUGGAUUCACUAGUUUACGGUUGGUUCCUUUAAAUCCGUACCUACCGUAUGGAGUCUUCAGUAAAAAAAAUCGCUCAGCUGUAGCACCCUUUCGGUGCCCAGCUGCCGUUCAACCCGAAGGUUGCACAAGGGCUGAGAUACUACCAGGUCGUUCAAGCCUAGACAGGGAGAGUCAUGAGGCAGAGGUCGGGUUCGAACCACGGACCUUGCGGUCAGUAAAUUCGCACUCUAGCCACUUGGGCCAUCUCGCCCAGUCUUCAGUAAGUGGUUGGAGAAAAUUGAGCUUCUGUACGGAAAACUGGCUGCCACUGGAAG